AGCAGCGAAGAAAUCCACGAAGAUGUUUCAGAGGUGUAUACAAAGAUUUUGUUCCUUUUUAUGACGGCUGCUGUUGAUGAUGGAACGUUUUUGGGCAAACGAAAUCAUCAGUUGCUGAAAAAAGAAAACAGCUUGUUCAAUACGAAACGACUGUUUCGUGCGAUUUCCAUCUUCAAACGAUCAAACACUGUUGCUGUUGAAAGGAUUAUUCGGGAAGCUUACUCAUCGAGGCAGUUUACGGAAGCCGAUGUCUUGUCAAGCAUCAAGACUGUUGGACAAGACUUGAACGAUUUUGUUGCAAAUUUCCAAGAUCCUCUCAGUUUGGAAUUUGACUAUGUUAACACUGAAGAUUUUCUGAAGAAAUGUUUGGUUAUUUUUGACGGACUCUCAUAUGUGCUCACUGACUUGAACGAUUUUGUUGCAAAUUUCCAAGAUCCUCUCAGUUUGGAAUUUGACUAUGUUAACACUGAAGAUUUUCUGAAGAAAUGUUUGGUUAUUUUUGACGGACUCUCAUAUGUGCUCACUGUAAUUCCUUUGACCUUCACCGAGCUCUCAACAUUCUCAAACAGGACACUAUUGAUAUUGAUCGAUGAAACAAUUUCUUCGGUUUAUGCACUUUUUCACGUAAUUCUUAGCAAAUGCAGCUCCGGAGAUGAUUUAUAUUUUAUGCUGACGGAUGUUUCUCAGCAUGAACGGUUUAUAUUUUAUUACGAUGUCCUGUAUCCGCUAGAAGAUAUAAUUGAUCGAUGCAAUGAGCAACAAAAAAUCAUUCUGAAUGAUACUAUUGCGCAUAUCAAGUGGUCACAAACAAGUCUGAUCAAAGAGCAAUUGAGGAAUCGUGGACAACUUGCUAAUUUGGGUUCUCCGGAAAACGAGAAAUCGCAGGAAGCAAUUGUUUAUUUGAUCGAACUUUUACCUCAUUUAUCGGCACAGUUCGUACAUCUGUGCUUGCGACAUUUUGGCUAUUCUGUCGAAGAAACGGUAAAUGCGUUGCUGAACGUUGAUGAAUUACCACUGGAUUUGAGAUCUUUGAUGACCACACAAGCACUUGGACAUUCGAGAUGA